CUACACCACAAUCAGAACCCUAUCCCACCACAUCCACUCAUUCUUCCUCUCCUUUCCCUCCUUCAUCUUCUUCUCCAUUUUCCAAAAACUCCAUUUUCCAAAAACCCAAAGAAAGCUUCUUCCUCUUCAUCCUCAUCACUUAGAAGAAGAACAAGGUAUAGCUUUCAGUCCUCUUUAUUAUUUGAGUCGAUUCUUGUCUUCUUCUUUUUGUUUUCAAAAAAUUUAAAGAUGUAAAAGAGGGAUUUUUCCUUCUGUUUGUCAGAAGCGGUCGACCUGUUCAUCAUCGUGGUCGAGCGCAACUGGCUUUUAAUCUAUUUUAUUUCUGUUUUAUGGACGGAGGUCGACCUAUGAUGAUAUUGAGGUCGACCGGUGAAGUUCGAGUUGAGAUUUCAGGCCUUAUUGUUUAGAUCUGUAGCUUUAAAAGAUUGAUUUUCCCUUCUGUUUACCAGAUGAGGUCGACCUUCUCAUAUUCGUGGUCGACCGCAUCUGGCUUUCAAUCGAUUUUUCCUUUUGUUGUAUAGACUGAGGUCGACCUAUGAUGAUAUUGAGGUCGACCUGUGAAGUUUUCCUACGAUAUUAUGUACAUCUAUAGCUUCAAAAGAGGGACUUUGUCCUUCUGUUUGCCAGAUGAGGUCGACCUUUUCAUAACCAUGGUCGACCGCAUCUGGCUUUCAAGCGAUUUUUCCUUUUGUUGUAUAGACUGAGGUCGACCUAUGAUGAUAUUGAGGUCGACCUGUGAAGUUUUCCUACGAUAUUAUGGACAUCUAUAGCUUCAAAAGAGGGACUUUGUCCUUCUGUUUGCCAGAUGAGGUCGACCUUUUCAUAACCAUGGUCGACCGCAUCUGGCUUUCAAGCGAUUUUAUUUCUGUUUUAUUCGUUUUAAUUUAGCCGAGGUCGACCUGUGAUGAUUCUGAGGUCGACCUAUGAAGGCAAAAGUUCUAGUUGUGCCAUUGUCUUUGAAUUAUUUGUGCGAAACUAACACUGGUCGACCGAUUCUAUUUAUGAGGUCGACCGGAUCUGUUUUGCACUCAAUUGCUACAAGCAUUUGGGCCAUUUCGGACUCGUUUUAAUUUAGCCGAGGUCGACCUAUGAUGCUUCUGAGGUCGACCUAUGAAGGCAAAAGUUCGAUUUAUUUGUGCUAAACUUAUUGAGGUCGACCUGUGAUGAUAUUGAGGUCGACCUCGGGCCAUUUAAAUCGAUUGAAAGCCAAUUGUGACUUUCAAAAGCCGUGCAGUGCAGGAGAUUAGGCCAUCUUGCAAUGCACUCGAAGACAUAAACGAUUGUGUCUUCGAGUGCAUUACAAGGUGGUCUAAUGUCCUGAACUGCACGGCUUUUGAAAGCACAAUUGGCUUUCAAUCGAUUUAAAUUUUCCGAGGUCGAUUUAUGUUUUUUCUGAGGUCGACCAGAUCUGUUUUGCACUCAAUUGGUACGAGGAUUUGGCCCAUUUUAGACUCGUUUCAAUUUAGCCGAGGUCGACCUAUGAUGCUUCUGAGGUCGACCUAUGAAGGCAAAAGUUCGAGUUGUGCAAUUGUCUUUGAAUUAUUUGUGCGAAACUAACACUGGUCGACCUCUUCUAAUUAUGAGGUCGACCGGAUCUGUUUUGCACUCAAUUGGUACGAGGAUUUGGCCCAUUUUAGACUCGUUUCAAUUUAGCCGAGGUCGACCUAUGAUGCUUCUGAGGUCGACCUAUGAAGGCAAAAGUUCGAGUUGUGCAAUUGUCUUUGAAUUAUUUGUGCGAAACUAACACUGGUCGACCUCUUCUAAUUAUGAGGUCGACCGGAUCUGUUUUGCACUCAAUUGGUACGAGGAUUUGGCCCAUUUUAGACUCAUUUCAAUUUAGCCGAGGUCGACCUAUGAUGCUUCUGAGGUCGACCUAUGAAGGCAAAAGUUCGAGUUGUGCAAUUGUCUUUGAAUUAUUUGUGCGAAACUAACACUAGUCGACCUCUUCUAAUUAUGAGGUCGACCGGAUCUGUUUUGCACUCAAUUGGUACGAGGAUUUGGCCCAUUUUAGACUCGUUUCAAUUUAGCCGAGGUCGACCUAUGAUGCUUCUGAGGUCGACCUAUGAAGGCAAAAGUUUGAGUUGUGCAAUUGUCUUUGAAUUAUUUGUGCGAAACUAACACUGGUCGACCUCUUCUAAUUAUGAGGUCGACCGGAUCUGUUUUGCACUCAAUUGGUACGAGGAUUUGGGCCAAUUUAGACUCGUUUCAAUUUAGCCGAGGUCGACCUAUGAUGCUUCUGAGGUCGACCGAUGAAGGCAAAAAUUCGUUUAUGUCGACCCAUUCCCGUUUUAAAUUAACUGAGGUCGACCUAUGAUUCUUCUGAGGUCGACCCAUUCUCGUUUUAAACUAACGGAGGUCGACCGCUUUAUGGAGUGGUCGACCGCGUAUUGUUCAAUUCGAAAAUGUGACUAACGUGUAUUCUUGCUUGUUUAAUGGCAGGAUGUUUGGCAAAAAUAAGAAAAGAAAGUCACAAAAAGCUGCUGCCUCAAGUUCGGAAUGGGAAGAGUUGAAUCCCAACUAUUCCAGACCAAGGAUCAAAGUGACAACUAUGAAGAGAAGAGAAUGCACAACCGCAGGGUGGCUCCUGGAAGGCCAUUGACGACGGAUGCGUAUUCUCAUUUCGAGAAUUACGGGUUUCUGGCACCCUUCAUCGAGCAAGAGUGGCUGAAGGUGAUAUCACUCAAUGUACCAUACUACCCAAAAAUGGUACAAUACUUCUACAACAACAUCGUCUACGAGAAAAAUGCAAAUGGAUCCAUUCACGCAUUCAAAUCCUAUGUGAAUGGGGUGGCGAUGUGCAUCAACAAGAAUGUGUUGGCGCAAGUACUUGAGGCUCCAAACGAGGGGAAGAGAAUCAAUUCUUACGGUGCUUGGAAUGAAACGCAUUUCACGAGAGCCAAGCAAAUCCAGACGGUAUGUGGUCUUGAUGAAGAGGAAGAUGCUCAGGGGCGCAAUAGGCCAUCGAGUAACCACCUGACAGUUCAAGCCAGAGUUCUUCACCACAUGCUUUCCUACAACAUUCUGCCAAAGGGUGGACAUCGGGAGACAGUCACCUACUUCGACAUGGAGCUCCUCACCCACCUACUGUUAAACGAGAAGGUGAACUUGCCAUACUUGAUCUUUAACCACAUGCUUACUGCUGCAGAGAGUUCAAACAGGAAUCUUCCCAAUGGGAUGAUCCUCACUGUGCUAUUUGAGCAUUUUAAUGUGAAUUUAAGUGAAGAGGUGGGGUUAAGAAUCUCAAGGCAGGAGUUCUAUACUGUUUCAUCUCUGAAAAAGAUGGGCUUUGAGCUGCGUAAUGGUGAGUAUGUCAGAGUAAACAAUGCUCAUGGUGGUGAUGAUGAUGAUGAUGAUGAUGAGGGUGAUGAAGGAGCUCGAGACGAGCCAAUGGCGGAGGCACAGAGUUCAACUCCACCGAUCACCUUACAGCGUGUGUGGGAGCGCAUGGAUGGCAUGUACGAGUACAUGGGCCAGAUGUCCACCCAGAUGACUGGCAUGCACGACUACAUGGGCCAAAUGACCGCCCAGAUGAGCACAAUGCAGGUGACCGUGAAUGAGAUGCGAGAUGAGUGGCGAUCUUUCAGCGGAAGAUACAUGCAUCCCACCACAUCCGACCACCAUCAUGCUAGCACCACCAAUGAAGAAAAUGUGGAUGAGAGAGAGGGGGGAGAUGAGUAGGAGAAAUGAGUUUUUAUAUUGUGUGUUUUAGUGGUCAAAACGAUUGUUGAUUGUUAUUCUGUUGUUUUUUUAGUUUUAAUUUUAUGUGUGAACAAUUAUGAUUUCUGUUUUAUUUUUAGUUGUUAUGCUAUGAAUUGAUGAGUCCUUGUUAUAAUUAUUUAUGCCUAAUUAUGAUGGUUUGAAACAUAAUUUAUACGAUUAAAAGAACCACACAAAUCGACAUACAUAAGCAAAAAAGACACGGGGCAUAGGGUGACUUUCUUGUAUUCGGUCGACCUCGUACCGGAUUAGGUCGACCGCGAAACCAACACUUGAUCUUGAUUUUACGUCAAAUAAUUGGACACUUUGAUA